AUGAGGUCAUCACAGAAGAGGAGAGAGGAGGAGACGGACCAGGAGGAGAGGAGAGAGGAGGAGACGGACCAGGAGAGGAGAGAGGGGGAGACGGACCAGGAGAGGAGACAGGAGGAGACGGACCAGGAGAGGAGACAGGAGGAGACGGACCAGGAGAGGAGAGAGGAGGAGACGGACCAGGAGAGGAGAGAGGAGGAGAGGGAGCAGGAGAGGAGAGAGGAGGAGACUGACCAGGAGAGGAGAGAGGAGGAGACGGACCAGGAGAGGAGAGAGGAGGAGAGGGAGCAGGAGAAAUGA